UUGUGUGACAAUAUAUAAUACAGCGAGUGUGGUAAUCAAUAGAGACCAGGAUCAAGUUGUGAUAAUACCAGUAUUCUUUAGUAUUCCUAUUUCAUUUAUGAUUGUGACAAAAUGUCAUCCGACAUAUCGUCAUGGAAGCCAACCAGGUGUUGUGUUGGACGAUGAACGUUGACGUAAACACACGGUGGGAGUUGAUUUAACAACAAUGACUCAGGGGAAUAAGAUUUGUGUUUAACUUAAGUAUAAUAACACAGCAUGGACGUCUGAUAGCAAUUGAAGGUGGAUAUACAAAAAUAUAAAGAGUAGGGAUAUAGUGUGUGUUUUUAACGUAAUAAUUGUUUGUGCGUGUGUGCGUUUUAUUGGUAGUACUUUUCUAUCAGAUUAUAAUGUAUGAAUGUGCUAAAUAUUAAAAAAAAAUAUCGAAUAUUCACGAGCAAAACUGGAUUUAGUGAUCGUUUAUGGCAUGUCUUCAGGUUAGUGUUCACAACUGUGUAUUUAUCCAAUGAAAUCGUUCGAGUGCGGCGAAGUGCAAUUAAGUAAAUAUUUGAGAUACUGUACAAUCUCCUAAAAAAAACCUGUACUCUACUCAGUACGGUAAUUUGUGAAUGGAUUAGAUUAUUUUGUACUGAAAGUUGGAUCAUGCAAGAACAAGACACCUGAGAUUGAAGUGUACACCAAUUACUCGGGAAGAAUAUAACACAAUACAAAACAAACAUCAUGGCAGCUAAUCGUGCAUCUUACGAGGUGAACGGAGCUGUGUCUACAGAACAACUAUCACCACGCUCGGAAAAUGAUGACGAAAGCGCAAAAUAUGAUGACGUCAAAUGCGGAUACGGAAGUUGCAAACCGGAAAGACUACAGAAGUGCAACAAUCCUAAACUGUUGUUGGCAGUUAUGUGUGUUUUCGCAGUCAGUCAAGGUUUUGUUGUGAACGGCGUGAACAACGUCAACACUCAGGCAGUGGAAAGACGUUUCCGGUUGCCUAGUUCUCGUUCCGGCCUCAUUUCAAGUUCCUACGACUUCUCGGCCGCAAUAUUUGGUGUCGUCAUCAGUUUUGCUGGUUCUGGUCGUUAUAAAGGACGCUGGUUGUCCGUCGCAGCGUUUGUUAUGGGGCUGGGCUCCUUCACAAUGGCCCUACCUCAUUUUACUACGGGGCUCUACGAUUAUGGCCAAAAUGUCGUUGGCUCUGUCUGUGCGACUGGAGUGAAUGCAACGAGCCCCAUCUGUGAGGAGUCGGGACUGCAAAACUACCUCGGCGUGCUUAUGUUAGGCAUGAUCUUCCACGGAGUUGGUGGAUGUGUUUUGUACACUAUCGGUGUUGGUUACCUUGACGACAGUGUGGCCGCAACAAGUUCCCCGCUUUAUCUAGGUAUACUGUACGGAUUUGCUGCACUUGGCCCGGGGCUUGGUUAUAUCGUGGGUGGCCAGUUCCUUGAUAUGUAUGUGGACGUUGAUAAAGUCGACACCGCGACUAUAGAUCUGAAGAAGGACGAUCCCCGAUGGGUUGGGGCUUGGUGGGUGGGUUUCUUCAUCACCAUGGCAACGUGCUGGCUUAUUGUCGUUCCUCUGUCAAUGUUUGGCGCUGAGUUGCCUUCUGCAAAAAGAAUCCGGGAAAGUAGAAUUUCUCAAAUGCACAAAGGAGACCAUGAUGAAUCUGGAGGUCACGGGACCAACAAGCGUCUACCAAUCAAAAUGUUCCCUAAAGUCACGUGUGAACUGCUUCGGAACGCUCCAUUUGUUUUCACUAUUCUUGCCGGUGCUAGUGAGGGUGUUUUGACUUCAGGAUUUGCAACUUUCGUCCCGAAGUAUAUUCAGAAUAAGUUUGGAGUUUCUUCAGGAAUGGCAGCACUUUACACAGGAGCAGCUGCAGUGCCGGGUGCCGCGGGCGGGAUGUUUUUUGGCGGGUUUAUUUGUAACCGUCUGAAGUUGAAGGUCCGGGGGAUGUUUAAGUUUGCCAUUUUCACGUGUUUUCUCACCAUUAUCGCUGUAAAUAUAUUAUGGAUUAGUUGUGAGGAGCUGUCGUUUGCAGGAGUUAAUCAAGAGUAUGAAACUGGAGGCUCAAAGGGUGAUAUCCUGUCCGCGUGUAAUCAAGACUGUGGGUGCAUAACGCGAUACUUUAACCCGGUCUGCUCAUCGAACGGAGUACAGUAUUUCACGGCGUGUCACGCAGGUUGUGACACGGAGAUCGAGGCGCUGGAUGGGACCAAGUCGUACACUAACUGUUCUUGUGUUCCACCGGAUGUCAACACGGGUAUGCGAAACGUCACUUCCGGCACGUGCGAUUCGGGGUGUAGCUACUUGUAUCUCUUCAUUGCGAUGUUCUUUGUUACUAUUUUUGUAACAUUCCUCCCCUCCACGCCCAGCGACGCGGCAACUCUCAGGUGUAUCCAUGAAGACCAUAGGACAUUUAGCAUGGGCCUCAAGUGGUUGUUCAUCCGUCUGUUAGGAACUGUUCCCGGCCCUGUUAUUUUUGGCGCAGUAACAGACACAGCAUGCUUGAUUUGGCAGGACGAGUGCGGAAAACCAUCCUCAUGUUGGAUUUACGACAACAGUGUCGUUAGUAGGAACUACUUUCUUAUCGCCAUCGCAGCCAAAGCACUUUCCAUGAUAUUCUUCAUUCUCGCGUUUGUUCUUUAUAAGCCCCCUCCAGAAGCUUUGGCACACAGCCCAGGCAAGAUUGGCUUCAGUGUUAGAGAAAGUGCCAAAAAGAAGAUGUCGUUUGUAACUGGUUCGUUUAAAGAAGGUGAUUACGAACACAGUAUCUUACAAAAUGACCCGAGUGUUGAAAAAAGUUCCGGGCGGGAUGGUGAAAAAACAACAAAUCUGUGAUACACAUAUACCAGU